AUGGGGAGGAUUGCUUACUGGAGGAAUCACAUUUUAGUUACAAUUCUUGCUUGGGUUGGGAUUGCUCCGAAGGGUGUUGUUGAUGUGCAUGAAAUGCUCUUUGUCACUGCGGAUUACCUGACUAGAGGCGAUAAUGGAAAAGGAGGUUCUGCAUUUCGUGUUGAACACCGGAGCAAAAACCCCCUCGGUCGGCUUGGCACGUGGCAGGCAAACCCUGGUGUCGUCGGUCGAGCUGUUGAAACCGCCAUCAAGGUCGCCGAUCGCCGCUCCUUCUACAUACAUAUGUACACCAUAUAUGCCGUUUAUACUUUUGGUUAUGUUAUCAAUUUUGCUCUGUGGCUGACCAUUGCUGCUAGCCAUUGCAUUAACUCAGAGCAACGGCAAUGCCGGCAGUGGUUGGAUACCGCCAUAUUGACUGUGCUCCAUCCUAUAGAAAUGAAAAGGAGGUAUUUAGGCACAAGAUGCCUUCUUAUUCAAAUUGGUUCAGUUACAAAGAAGCUGUUGGAUGAUAGAGUUGUGAAGAGGGAGGAUUUAUGUUUUACCUCCAAACUCUGUUCUUUCUGUUCUUUUCUUUUGAGAGGGAUAUUUGGCAUCUUUACUGUUGGAAAAAUUGUAUCAUGGGCUAAUGAAUGGACCUGUCUAAUUGUGAGGAUCCAUUGGUCUGCCCGGUUGACAAAGGGGGCUGUUGGCAUUAAUCCAGAAGACUUUGUUCCAGUUGACAUACCUACCACAUGGAAGGCUAUGGAAGCACUCUAUGACUCUGGAUAUUCACCACUUGGUUCGCCUGGAACGGCGAUGUACAAGAUCGAUGUCCUCAAGCAUCCUGUUAUAGUUACUACAGCAGAAAAAUUGGGUAAACUCCAGCUCAGGUUGCUCUUCGAUGGGGUUUACAGAUGGGUCAUAGUGUACUACCCAAGAGCACAAAUGAAUCAAGGAUCAAAGAGAACUUUGAUGUUUUCGAUUGGUCUAUACCUGAUGACUUAUUUGCCAAGUUCUCCGAAAUUGAUCAGGCAAGUUAUUUUCAUUUUCAUUAAACCCCUUUGA